GUGUGUGUGUGAGGGAGAGAGAGGGAGAGAGAGAGAGGAAGGAAGGAAGAGGGAGGGAUUGAACUAAGGAAAGUGGAGUUUUUUUUUAGGUUUUCACAGCAUCUGGAGACCUGAGCGGAUCUACAGACACACAAGAGGAAGAACACGAAUAGUUUGGACGUACGGAGGAAUAUCAGAAACAAAAGGAAAAGGCUGGAUAAAAAAACAACACCUUAAAAGAGGAGAAGAGAAGAGAGGAGUCGAGGAGGAGAAGUAGUUGGUCUAACGGGACGGGAGAGGAGCAGAGUUGUGUCACAGCAGCAGGAAUGUUACCGGUGAUACUGACAGUUUACCUCAAUGACACCCAGCAGAUGCUAACCGAGGUCCCAGUUUCUCCGGCAACCAGAGUGACUGAUGUGGUUGAAUACUGCAAAGAGGCCGGCGAGGGGGAAUGUCACUUAGCCGAAGUAUGGAACGGGCAUGAGCGAGUCCUCCCGCAGGAGUUAUUAUUGCUGGAUCUCCUUCAGCAGUGGGGGGCCAGGAGGCCUGAGGUCAGCUUCUACCUCCGACACUGCCCCGCCUGGGCACAAGGAAGUCAGCAGCCUCUGGAGCAAAGCUGGACCUCAGAAGAAACAGAGAGCGCUAAUGACAGGAUCCCCCGUGUGGAGCUGACCCUCUCCGAGCUCCAGGAAAUGGCCACAAGACAACAGCAACAGAUAGAGGCUCAGCAACAGAUGCUGGUCGCCAAGGAGCAGAGACUGAGGUAUCUUCAUCAGGGAGGCAGAUCCAACCAGGGACAGACACAGUCUGAAGCUGAGAAGCUGCAGCGGCUGAAGGAGCGAGUAGAGACUCAGGAAGCAAAGCUGAAAAAGAUCCGAGCCAUGAGGGGACAAGUGGACUACAGUAAACUGAUCAACGGAAACCUCUCUGCCGAGAUAGACCAUGUGAGCAGCUUGUUUCAGGAGAAGCAGGCGGAGCUGCAGUCUGCAGUGGUCCGAGUUGACCAGUUGACUCAGCAGUUGGAGGAUUUGAGGAAAGGGCGCAUUCAGUUUCACUCUGCGCCGCCUCAGGGGGCACCCACGGGGGGCCAUGGUACCACCACAGGCCAGAAAGGGUCGCCCCUGUCGGGCCCUGCAGCACUGGAGCUGAGGAAACUCUACCAGGAGCUGCAGGCUCGUAACCGCCAUAACCUGGAGCAGAGCAGCAAGUUGUCCCAGAACAAGGAGCUGCUAAACAAGAGGAACACCCAGGUGACAGUGAUGGAUCAACGCAUCGGAGAUCUGCGAGAACGCUUGCACAAGAAGAGAGCUGAAUUAAGCCGUAUAAAUGGAGGAGGCCUGUCCUCGCCUCAGUCCUCUUCCCAUCCUGCUGGUGGAGUUUUGGGUCGGGUGGCAGCUGUCUGCCCCUACAUCCAGGUUCCAGCGGAGGGGAGACAGGAGGCGGGUUACCACCUGCCAGCUGACCCUCCACCCAAACCCACCCCACUCAGCCAUACCCGUUCCCUCUCAGCCAAUGAAGCAUCAUGGCCUAGCAUCAGUAAGAGUGUGUCCGAUUGGAGGACCAGUCCAGAACAGCUUCCCUCUGGUUACGGUACCUACCCCAGUGCCACCCACCAGGCGGCAGGGCAUCACUGUGCCACCAGCUCCCUGCCCCGCUCUGCCCCUGGUACACUGGGCUGGCGUCGAUCUAACGUUGCCAACGCCCCGUCAUCUUCCUCUUCAUCAUCCUCCUCCUCCUCACAGCAAAUACAACAUCGUAUCUCUGUACCUCCUAAUUCAAACCAAGCCCAGCCUUCUCCACUGUCCCCACAAACAGAGCGAACAGAUCCCCCUCCAGCUGUGGCCGUACGCCCCUACGUCCCAGACCAUCCCUCCAGGCCCCAGUCCCCCAGGAAGGGUCCUGCCACCAUGAACAGCAGCUCCAUCUACAGCAUGUACCUCCAGCAGCCUCAGGCUAAAAAUUAUGGAUCCCUCAGCAAUAGAACUACCGUCAAAGCAGUCUAUGGCAAACCUAUCCUCCCCACGGCCUCCACCUCUCCGUCCCCUGUCCCUUUCCUCCAGGGAGGAGGAGGAGUGAGAGCAGGAGGAGAGGAUGUAACAGAUAAGGAAGGAGGAAAACGAGGAGGAGAGAGCAGUGAUGGGCAAAUUAUUCCUCCGCCAAGCGUAGAUAACAUCCCUCGUCCCCUCAGUCCCACAAAGCUCACCCCAGUUGCCCACUCCCAGCUCCGUUACCAGAGUGAUGCUGACCUGGAGGUCCUUCGCAGACGCCUCAGCAACGCCCCACGGCCGCUGAAGAAACGCAGCUCAAUCACUGAACCAGAGGGCCCACAGGGCCCAAACAUCCAGAAACUUCUCUACCAGAGAUUCAACACACUGGCAGGAGGAAUGGAAGGAGGCUCAGGCAACACUUUCUACCAGCCCGAAUGUCUUUUGGGUGAAAUGGACAACAUCCAUUCAGCCAAUGGGAAUGUAGAACCUGGUGACAAACACAUCAGUGUGGCAGCUGUGGAGGGCAAAGUCCAGAACCUGAACUCGGACUCCCGACGCUUGUCCCCUCCUUCCAUUUCCAUAGAAACGUCCAAAGAAUCAACGGCAACAUCGGAAACUACCAAUAAUGUCUCUCCGUCAACCCAGCCCAGCCCAUUCCCUUCACCUGAUAGGCCAGAGGACCAGAAUAACAACAAACAGAGAGGAUCUAGUCCUACAAACAACUCUGUAGGCCAGGCCUCUCCAUCACCUCCUGCACCUCCUCCGCUGCCUAAGGCGAAGCGAACAAACCUGAAGAAGCCGUCCUCUGAGCGGACAGGCCACGGUCUCCGAGUCAAGUUUAACCCUCUCGCCUUGCUGCUGGAUGCGUCGUUAGAGGGAGAGUUUGAUCUGGUGCAGAGAAUCAUCUAUGAGGUGGAAAAUCCCAGUAUGCCCAAUGAUGAAGGCAUAACUCCUCUUCAUAAUGCUGUCUGCGCUGGACAUCACCAUAUUGUAAAGUUUCUGCUGGACUUCGGAGUGAACGUGAACGCAGCUGACAGUGAUGGAUGGACUCCUCUGCACUGUGCAGCUUCAUGUAACAGCGUUCACCUCUGCAAGAUGCUUGUGGAGUCAGGGGCGGCCAUUUUCGCAACAACAAUUAGUGAUGUCGAAACAGCAGCGGACAAAUGUGAAGAAAUGGAGGAGGGCUACACACAGUGUUCUCAGUUUCUCUAUGGUGUGCAGGAGAAGUUGGGGGUUAUGAACAAAGGCUUGGUCUAUGCCCUGUGGGACUACACGGCCCAGCAGGCUGAUGAGCUUCCCUUCAGCGAGGGCGACGGCCCCACUGUUCUCACCCGGCGUGACGAGACGGAGACAGAGUGGUGGUGGGCGCGACUUAAUGACCGGGAGGGAUACAUCCCCAGGAACCUGCUGGGGCUGUAUCCAAGGAUCAAACCCAGACAACGCUCGUUGGCAUGAAGCCCAGAUCAGGGGCCACGUGCACACUCACUGUGGGCACAUGCAUGCAGAGAAGAAGAGGAGCAGAAGAUGCAUGAGGGCGGGCGUGUUACCCAUGUAAGAAGGACUCAAGGAAGGAUAGAAAUAGUCAAGAGAGGAAAGAAAGAAAGAGGAAUAUGGAGGUUCAAGUUUUUGCUGGAUAGUUUUUUGGUAUGUUUGGGUGUAACGCUUGAACAAAAGAGCCAUGCUGUGGUAGAGUCAUGAUAUAUUUUACCGAGUUGCUGCAGAGUUGAGGAAAUUGCCUGAAUCUUGUUUUUCGCUACGGUAGCUUGAAAACUUCACUGGUGUUCAGCCGCAUGACAGAUGCUGAAUUGAAAAGAAAAUCACCGAAACGUUCUCAUCUAUUGGAUGAAGCUUCAAAGUCCGCUUCAGUUCAUUAAGCUCAAAACAUGACACCAUGAGACUGGAACUAUGGCCUCACCUGACAUGUGUCAAGUAAUCUUGAUCUGUGAAUUGUACAUGUUCAUUUAAAAAAACGCAGCAUUUGGAUCUUAAAGGAAUACUCAUCAUCUGCAUAGCAAAUGGACGAGAUAUAUAGAUAGAAAUGAUAGAAAUGAACACGAUGUCGGACAAAUCUGUCGCACUGGGAGGAAUCAGGUGAAGUGUCUGAUGUGAUAUGUGAAAGUGAGGGGGGAGAGAGGAAAGUGAAAGAAGAGAACAGAGGAAUGUGUGUUCAAGCAAGUUUAGCCAGGACUGUGUGGCUGUUGAUCGGUUGAGCAGUCACAGUAUUAGCAAUGUUUGUCCAAAAUUUAGCUGAGGUGCACAUCAGCCCACACAAGCACCAGAUUUUCACAGUUAAAUAAAAAAGCAUGGUUAAAAAAGUAUCAACUGAUAUCAGAAUAUUUUUUGGGGUUCUGAUUUUACAAAAUUGAUGUUAAAAGCAUCUGUCAACCAUUACUGAUGUCUCAACCUUUCAGUAUUUGCAUCUGUCUCAUCGCUGGUGCAUGCUGACACAUCAACAUCUGCUCAACUGCAAAGUGGUUGUUGCUGGAAAAACAGAAGAAAGGAAGGAAGAGAGAAUGUGUAGAGAAUGUGUUUGUGUAGCUCUGAAACCAAACUAUGUAAAUAAUAAACAGAUUUAAAGGUGAGAGACCAAGAUGAGGAACUGAAUAGAGGGAACGCCUGCUAGCCUUCACACAUAAACAUCCAGACUAGAGCUUCCUUCACGCUGCUCCUCAUGCUGAUAGAAAACUGGUACCAGGCUUUAGAACUAACAAUCACAUGAAUCAGUCAUCGACCAACAAACUGUAUUUGUUAGUCAAAUGUUUAAAUACCACAUAAAAGCUCAAGUUUUUAUUUUGACAACUUUGAACACCAGAGUGUAGAAGGUUGAAAACAGAUGUACAGGUUUAAUACCAACACUUUAACCCUGGGCCAAUUGGUUUAGUAUUGAAAUGGGGCUACAUUAGCUCAGAGUGAAUGAAGAAUCUAAAGUUUGAAAACCACUUGAGAUUUUUCUUAAAUUUUGUUUCAUUUUUUUUUUCACAUUUAAAUACUUCAGUAGUUGUAUUAUGUACUCAGCUUUUGUUUGACUGUUUUAUUUCGAGCAAAACAAUGUUUUCUAUUAUUAUUAUUAUUAUUAUUAUUAUUAUUGGGACACACUUCUGUCGUUUCUUUGUCAGAGCUGGCGCCUCUCACUGCUGCCACCCAGUGUACAGCAACGUAUUGACACAAAAAAAAGGAAUAAUUUCAUGCUGUGUAAUAUGAAACAACAUAUUUGAGUGCUGUCUGAUGUGAGAAAGGUUCAUUGUUGUGAGGAGUGUGUACCAUUACUUUGUCUCUAUGCUAGCAAUAACUCAACAGCUAUUGUACAUUCAUAAUAAAGAAAGUAUAAUCCCUACAGAGA